AUGAACAGGAACCUACAUGUACCGAUAUUGACCUAUGCUGCAGUCCUUGUUGCAUUGGGAAUCACUAGGAGCGCAGAUGCCUUUUACGUAGAUGUUUCACGCAAGACAAGAAGAUCGAUGAUGACACCAUCGACACAGUUGCACCAGUCCAGCUUCAACAGCGACCCAUACUCCGCGAAACCAGUUUUAGUGGUGGGUGCCACGGGUAAGGUUGGACGUAAGGUAGUCCGGACUCUUUUGGAUCAAAAGCUACGGGUCCGUGCACUAGUCCGAAACGAAACCAAAGCGGUCGAGCUUUUUGCGAAGGAAAUGAUGUCGUCGGCCAAAGCCAAAGAUGAUGGUGAUAGUCCGAUGCUGGAGUUUGUGGUCAGUGAUUUAGGCAAAGCGGACCGAAAGGCUCUUGAAACUGCCGUCCAAGGUUGCCAAUCGAUCAUCAGUGUUUCCGGUGCCAUGAGAUUUUCCAAACUGACGGAUUUCCUACCGUGGCGUCUUUUUCAACAAGAUACCAGCAAAUGGUGCGAUGACACCUCGCAUCCAUACUACGCCAAUUACCGGGCGCAAAAGCUACUCAUAGAUUUGGCCGCGGAAUAUCAGUGCAGACGAUUUGUCCGGUUGACCGGCCUAUCCGUUGGCUUUUCGCCGUUCAACCUUGUGAGCAUGAUCUUUUCGUCGGUUUUGAGUAUGACCAGUCGACAUCAUUUCGCCCUUGAGCAGUAUCUGAGAAAUUCAAAUGUCCCAUAUGUCAUUAUUCGUCCUGGAGGACUUGCAGAAGAGGAUAGAAAUCUUUCCAAAACGAAUCUACAGGUUGAUCCAAGCGGAAUGCUUCCGCCACCAGGUCGGGUACCACGCUCAGAUGUUGCGGCACUGGCAGCCCUAACCGUCAGCGAUCCAACCGCCUUGGAUCCCAGCAAGAGUUACACACUAGGCGUUCGGGCUGUGGGCGACAUGAAACCAAAACCACAAGGAUCCAAAGAAGAAGGUUUGCCGACCGCCUUGGAAUGCCUUCAGUCCAUUAAAGGUCAAGAGGAUGCCAAUGACAAGACUGUGGUGGCAAAGCCACAUGGUCUUGCUGUUGCACUUUUCGUCUAUUCACUUGCUUUUAUUGGUUUCAAACUGACAUUUGCGGUUGUUGGUGCUGCUUUGCGACUGUUUGGGGUAUCCACAAGUUGA